AUGAAUCCAGAAGAGCGAAUUGUGACAUGGCUUAUUUCAUUAGGAGUUUUAAAUUCCCCCAAAAAGAUGAUAGGUGAUCCAGAGCAGUUUCUGAAAGCUUCUCUGAAAGAUGGAGUAGUACUUUGCAAAUUGGUUAAUCGGCUUCUUCCAGGACAUGUGGAAAAGUAUUGUCUGGAGCCCAAAAAUGAAGCAGAUUGCAUCAGUAACAUUCAGGAGUUCUUAAAAGGCUGUGCCGCACUUAAAGUGGAGCUCUUUGAUGCACGCGAUCUGUAUGCCGGAGAAAAUUUCUCCAAGGUGCUGAGUACCUUAGCAGCUGUAAACAAAGCUACUGAAGAUCAGCCAUCAGAACGGCCAUGUUCACGUUUAUCAUCUCAUAGCUCGGCUGCCAGCAGCUCCCAGACUAAUUUACACGGAACAACAUCUAUAACUUCAAGAGUGUUAAGGAGGCAGUCGAAACCUGUGGAGAUGGUCGAAAAUGGUAGUUAUCAGUUGGUGGUAAAGGCCAGGUUCAAUUUUAAGCAGACCAAUGAAGAUGAGCUCUCGGUGAAUAAAGGAGACAUUAUUUAUGUCACCAGAGUUGAAGAAGGGGGCUGGUGGGAAGGUACAUUGAAUGGAAAAACAGGCUGGUUCCCCAGUAACUACGUCAAAGAAAUCAAGUCUGCCGAUAAACCACUCUCUCCCAAAGCAUUAAAAGGACAGGAAAGCCCUCAACUUACAAAGAAUUAUUAUACGGUGGUACUGCAAAGUAUUCUGGAAACAGAACGUGACUAUGCUAAGGAACUACAGGCACUUCUGGGAACUUACUUGAGACCCCUCCAAUCCUAUGACAAGCUAAGCGUGGUGGAUAUUGCAUCUUUACUGGGAAAUUUUGAGGAAAUAUGUUCGUUUCAGCUAACACUGAAUCAAGCCUUGGAAGAAUGUGCAAAGCUUCCCGAGAACCAGCAGAGAGUGGGAGGCUGUUUUAUGAACCUGAUGCCACAGUUCCGAUCUCUGUACCUCACGUAUUGCGCUAACCACCCUUCCGCUGUUAACGUGCUAACCCAACACAGUGAUGAACUGGAGAAGUUUAUGGAGAACCAGGGCGCGUCCAACCCAGGGAUUUUGAUCUUAACAACAAGCCUCAGCAAACCCUUCAUGAGACUGGAUAAGUACGUCACCCUUCUCCAAGAACUGGAGCGGCACAUGGAGGAGGCACAUCCGGAUCAUGAAGAGGUUUUGAAAGCAUUCACAUCUUUCAAGUCCCUUGUGUCACAGUGCCAGGAGCUGAGAAAGAGGAAACAACUUGAAUUGCAGAUCCUUUCAGAGUCCAUUCCAGGAUGGGAAGGAGAGGAUAUCAAAACCAUGGGCAAUGUAAUCUAUAUGUCACAGGUCAUGGUACAGUGUGGGGCAAGUGAGGAGAAAGAAGAGAGGUAUUUCAUGUUGUUUUCCAAUGUUCUGCUAAUGUUGUCUGCAAGCCCUCGGAUGACUGGGUUUAUCUAUCAGGGAAAACUGCCGUUAACAGGAAUGAUGCUGACAAAAUUAGAAGGAACAGAAGGGACCGAGCAUGCUUUUGAAAUCACAGGGAACAUGAUAGAACGAAUCACAGUGUCCUGUAACAGCAGCCAGGAUUUGCACCAAUGGCUCGACCAUUUGCAAAGGCUAACCAAAGGGACGUGCAGCACAAUAUCCAAAACACAGUCCUGGAGUGCUCAUUCUACUUUUAGUUCUACUGGACAGCUUCGCGGACCACUGGAACCGCCCAAAAUCCUUAAACCCUGGACCUUAAGUUGUCUCCGACCUGCUCCUCCGCUCAGACCAUCAGCAGCUCUAGGUUACAAAGAGAGGAUGUCUUAUAUCUUAAAGGAUUCCAGCAAGAGUCCAAAGACAAUGAAGAAGUUUCUUCCUAAAAGGAAAACGGAGAGAAAAGCAUCUGAUGAGGAGUUUGUUAUUAGAAAAAGUACUGCUGCACUAGAAGAGGAUGCCCAGAUUCUGAAAGUUAUUGAGGCCUAUUGCACUGGUGCAGGUUUUCAGCAAACUCUCAGUUCAGGUUCUCGUAAAGACUCCAUACCCCAGGUCCUACUGCCCGAGGAAGAGAAAAUCAUCAUAGAGGAAACAAGAAGCAAUGGUCAGACUGUCACGGAGGAAAAAAGUCUGGUAGACACGGUUUAUGCACUGAAAGAUCAGGUCAAAGAAUUAAAGCAGGAGAGUAAAAAAAUGAAACAAUGUUUGGAAGAAGAGCUGAAGUCAAGAAAGGAUUUAGAGAAGUUAGUCAGAAGGCUAUUGAAGCAAACUGAUGAAUGUGCCAGGGAUGAGACUGGGCGCAAGUCCUCGGUUUUAGCUUGAAUUCUGGACGAAGCUGCUGGCAGUUGCGUGUGACCUCAGGCGUUCUUGGGAAGCAGAACUGGAUGCUUUGCCUCGUCUUGCUCCUUAUUUUAUUUUGUUGUGGGGUUUUUUUGUUUGUUUCUUU